UUGAAUCAGAAUCAAAACUCGUGAUUCACAUUGUGGAGUCUGAUUGCACAGAGCGGCAGGAACCCUCGCAAAUUGUUUGAGUGUGUUACACGCUCGCCUGCUUGACUGACGACCAUCACCCAAUCAUCAAUGUGAAUGCGUCUUGGAAGCGCGACUGCAUCUGCUGCAUUGGAAGGGGAACCUGCAGUCAUUCCGUGCCAAACAGCCAAUCGAUGCAAGCGGUCUCCCAAGAGGACAGCGCGCACAUUCGAGAGACAAGGUGCACAAGAGGUGCGCGCUCUGGUUCUCGUUUGCAGGGAGCGCAGAGGCCCAUCCAUCGACACUAGGAGCAGGCUGGCACAAAGGAGGAUGACGAAGCACGGAAAAGACCCGCAAAGCAAGCACAACAAGGGUUUCCUGUUUGGCGGCGAUCAGCGCAACCAGAAGAAACCUACGCCUCACCCCCUCAGCAAGCAAGGUCGGGCUGCAGCGAGCGCCAACGCACAGGUCAAGCUCAAACCCAUUCAGUCCGCUCCUUGGCCCGGCCAGCAGGAGGACGACAGCAGCAGCGAUGACAAUGACGAUGAUGCCUCCGCCGCACCAUCUCAACGGCGAUUGAGGAGGCUAGAUGUAGCCUGCAUCCCUUCCAAAGGUCUGCCACCCCACCUGCAUCAUCUCUGCCAAGCCAUCCAUCCCGACGAUCCUCACUCCUCGCAGAGCUGCGCGGCAAGAGCCGCCUUUCUGCGCGUGCCGGCAUCUGCGUUGCAUCCAGCUGCAGGUCAGUAUGGUUUGUUCGCCGCCAUCGAUAUCCCACCUCGCACUCCCAUUGCGCCCUACUUUGGCAUGUUGCACACCGAGGCAGAGAGCGAUCCGGCCAGCAACUACGAUCUCGCUUUGGAAGGACCUUCUGGAGAGAGAUUGGCCAUCGAUGCAACGCAUGCGGGCAGCAUCGCUCGCUUCUGCAACGACUAUCGAAAUAUUCUCAAUCGGCCAAAUGCUGAGCUGCGCGAUUUCAUUGCGCGGCCGGCGCCGAUGUCGGGCACCAGAGACCUUGCUUCCACGAAAGCACAGCUUCGACGCGCUUCUCACCUCGAAGAUGAAGCAAUUGCGACCACAGGCAGCAAGGCGGGCGCUGCCAAAGCACUCGGCACCGAGCAAGGCUCAUCAGCUUCUCCUGCGCCACCCGAAGAACAGUCAUCCAUCAGCGAGACGAGCGAUCUGGCUGUCGACGAGGCGCUGGCAAACCUCAGCGUGUCAGACGUCAAGCCUGCGCGGCCUGCCGCAGGUGCCCAAAUGCGGCCCAUUAUCGGACUGGCAAUCUACAGCGCCUCCAAACCGAUCAAGCGCGGCGAGGAGAUCUGUAUCAGCUAUGGCAAAGGCUUCUGGGCCGCGAGAGAAGGUCGUGAAUGAAGGACCGAAUGAUCGGUACCCACUUUGACAGCAGCGUGAUGCCUGCUUCGAGUGUGACCGGCAGCUCCGCGGUUCCGUACGCGACCCUUACCGCUCGUCAAGGGUUUGCUGGUUCUGAUGUCCGCAAGACGUAUCUGUAAGCACAAUUGUGGUUGUUCAGUGGCCACUAACGUGUUUGGCCUUGACAACAGAGAGGACCAAGCGGGACCGUUCCAAUCAGGCCCGGAGAGAUUGACGUGUGAAUAUAAGAGGGUUUGUGCCUUGAUGUGGUGUAGGCC